AUGUCAUUAUUAGAUUUGGAAUAUACUUUGGCGUUAAUUAAACCUCAUGCGAUCCAUCAUCGUGCUGAAAUUCUUGAGAAAAUUAAAUCAGCGGGAUUUCACGUUCUUCAGGAGCGUUGUGUUAAGUUAACCAAUGAUGAACUAACGCGAUUCAAAUGCAAUCGAUUAGAUGAGGAUCGCUUCUUCACGACUAAAUUGGACGGUUCGCAGUCUGGAACGUUCAUUGCAUUGUGUUUGUGUCGUACAAAAGCAGUUGAAUUGUGGCAACGACUAAUGGGACCAGAAAAUUGUUCAGUGGCUAGAAAAACGACACCCGAGAGUUUAAGAGCAAUUUACGGAGAUGUAAAUAACGAAACGUUGAAUGCUUUAGAUGGAAGUAGAAAUUCUGAUGACGUUCGAAGUGAUUUGCAAUUUUUCUUUCCUAAUAUCAUUCAUGAACCAAUUUUAUCAGAGAUGGAAAGAAUCAACGCUUAUCUUAACUUUGUCAUUUACAAACCGUUGAUAGAAGCUCUUUAUGAAAUGAUAAAAAUUCGUCCCGAUGACCCAAUUUUAUGGCUUGCAAAUUUUAUGUUGGAAAGAAACAAAAUUAAAUCAAGCAUCCAGGAGAUGAAAAUUCGAACAUCUUCAACGUAA